AACACUUGGUUCAGUAUAUGAAUAAUGAUUUCUCACAAAACAUGGUAGCAAAUGCAAUCUAUCAAAAACUCAAUAAUUAUUGGCCAAUUAUGGAUGAAGCAUCGCAAAUUUCAUCAUUAUUAGAUCCAAGAACAAAAUUAUCUGCAUUUAAAACCUGA